CAGCUGUUGCAUUCUUGGUGUUUGUAUUUUGCUCGUACUAAACCCAACACGACACAAAAAUGGUCCAGAGAACCGUGUACUCGCGCAUCAGCGUUCGUAUAGCUGAGGAAAAACAGCUCUUAUCAGAGGAGAAAUGGAUCAUCAACGCCCUUACCAAAGUUCGCAAGGAGCGUAACCGUUUACAGAUUGAUAGACUAGAACUAGAAAACCAAAAGAUGCAGCUAAUGAAACGGGCGCGGUCGCAAGCGACACCGACGCGGCCCGAGACGCCAUCCGAGAAAGUCAUGAAGAUGAUGAACUCGGCCACCACCAGUGCUGCGAUCCCGGAUCUUGAGGACCUCGCUCAUGAGAUCAGCAAAGAAGCGCUUUGCAAUGAGCAGGAGCUCAAUCUUACUGUCACUAAUCCUAUAUUGAGUCUCAAUUACAACAAUAUGGUGGAAGAGGAAGUAGACUCAGAUGGCUCGGACGAUGCUGACAGAGUGUUACUGGACAUGAACAUGUUCAUGAAUGGUGACCCUUAUGGGAAACCUACAAAGAACAAAUAGUAUCUCUAUAGUACUUUAGUUAUGUAGUUUAAGGGAUUGGUCUUUAGAGCUUGUGCAGUGCUAAGGAAUAUGCCUGUAGAGGUCAUUAUUUUAAACAAUGUUGUACUUUUUUAAUUCGGUUAUUCAAGAAAUUUUAAAAGACUUGUGUCUCAUGUUUCAUAGGAUAAUUGCAUCAUUGAAGUCUAUUGUGGGAUAUGGGUUAAUUUGUGUGGAUGCCUACAGAUGUUAAUUCCCGUGGAUGCCUGCAGAUGUUAAUCCCUGUGGAUGCCUGAAGAUGUUUAAUUCCUGUGGAUGCCUGCAGAUGUUAAUUCCUGUGGAUGCCUGCAGAUGUUAAUUCCUGUGGAUGCCUGCAGAUGUUAAUUCCUGUGGAUGCCUACAGAUGUUAAUUCCUGUGGAUGCCUGCAGAUGUUAAUUCCUGCGUAUGCCUGCAGAUGUUAAUUCCUGUGGAUGCCUACAGAUGUUAAUUCCUGUGGAUGCCUGCAGAUGUUAAUUCCUGUGGAUGCCUACAGAUGUUAAUUCCUGUGGAUGCCUGCAGAUGUUAAUCCCUGUGGCUGCCUGAAGAUGUUUAAUUCCUGUGGAUGCCUGCAGAUGUUAAUUCCUGUGGAUGCCUGCAGAUGUUAAUUCCUGUGGAUGCCUGAAGAUGUUAAUUCCUGUGGAUGCCUACAGAUGUUAAUUCCUGUGGAUGCCUUGCAGAUGUUAAUUCUUGUGUAUGCCUGCAGAUGUUAAUUCCCGUGGAUGCCUACAGAUGUUAAUUCCCGUGGAUGCCUGCAGAUGUUAAUCCCUGUGGAUGCCUGAAGAUGUUUAAUUCCUGUGGAUGCCUGCAGAUGUUAAUUCCUGUGGAUGACUGCAGAUGUAAAUUCCUGUGGAUGCCUGCAGAUGUUAAUUCCUGUGGAUGCCUACAGAUGUUAAUUCCUGUGGAUGCCUGCAGAUGUUAAUUCCUGCGUAUGCCUGCAGAUGUUAAUUCCUGUGGAUGCCUACAGAUGUUAAUUCCUGUGGAUGCCUGCAGAUGUUAAUCCCUGUGGCUGCCUGAAGAUGUUUAAUUCCUGUGGAUGCCUGCAGAUGUUAAUUCCUGUGGAUGCCUACAGAUGUUAAUUCCAAACAAAUAGUAUCUCUAUAGUACUUUAGAUGCCUGCAGAUGUUAAUCCCUGUGGAUGCCUGAAGAUGUUUAAUUCCUGUGGAUGCCUGCAGAUGUUAAUUCCUGUGGAUGCCUGCAGAUGUUAAUUCCUGUGGAUGCCUACAGAUGUUAAUUCCUGUGGAUGCCUGCAGAUGUUAAUUCCUGCGUAUGCCUGCAGAUGUUAAUUCCUGUGGAUGCCUACAGAUGUUAAUUCCUGUGGAUGCCUGCAGAUGUUAAUUCCUGUGGAUGCCUACAGAUGUUAAUUCCUGUGGAUGCCUGCAGAUGUUAAUCCCUGUGGCUGCCUGAAGAUGUUUAAUUCCUGUGGAUGCCUGCAGAUGUUAAUUCCUGUGGAUGCCUACAGAUGUUAAUUCCAAACAAAUAGUAUCUCUAUAGUACUUUAGAUGC